AUGGCUUCCUCACUUCCCAACCCCCGAAGACUCCUGGUCUCCAACCAGGCAAACAGCACGGCACUGGACCAGGCGGAGCCAGGCGUCGAGGUCCUCGUGGACAGCCUCGAGCCCACCACCGUGCUGCCAGGGAUGAUGAGGGCUUUGGUCGCGACGCACACGGCCAUUCCCACCUCGAACGAAGAAGCCGGCCGGCCUGCUCUAAAUACCGCCCCCGGCUCAGGCAUCGUCAUGCCUGGCGGCGCGAACAUCUACUACCUGGACCUUGCGCCGAAUACAGACAGCGCCAUGCACCGGACGCCCUCGACCGACUACGUGAUCGUCCUCCACGGCGAGCUCACGGUCCUGACCCCGCCGGCAGCCUUUGACGUCGUCAACGGCAAGGGAUCGUAUGUGAAGGUGGAGGAGACGGUGGCGCGCGCCGGUGAUGUCGUGGUCCAGCGCGGGUGUAUGCACGCGCUCGCGAAUCGUACCGGUGAAUGGGUCCGCCUCAUGGGUAUUGUUCUUGCCGCGGAGCCGGUGAAGGUCGAGGCCGCUGGGGAGACGAAGGAGCUUGGGGAGCUGUGGCUGCAGUAA